AUGGAGGGCGCGGCCCAGACCCUUGUGAGCAAUGUUGGGAAUCUGGUGGGUGAGGAGUUUCGGCAACUCCGCGCUGUUGAUGGCCAAGUCGCUGAGUUGAGGGACGAGCUUGCCGCCAUGAAGGCCAUCCUCCGCAUGCACUCUGAAGCCGACGUGGACGGUGCCAUUGACCAUUUCCUCCGGGAGUGGAUGAAGCAAGUGUGCGAGCUCUCCUACGACGCCGAGGAUUGCGUUCACCUCUACAUCUUCCGCAUCAGGUGCAGGCGGGGCCUCGGAUUUCUUGUUUGGCCCAAACGCCAGAUCAUGACCAUUGUCUCUCGCCAUCGCCUUGCUGGAGACAUCAAGGCCCUCCAUGCCCGUGCCGUCGCCAUCAGCGAGCGUCAUGUCCGCUACGGCGUCAGCCGCGACGCGCUGCGCAGCUCACCUUCUUUUGCUGCCUCCGUGCCGGCGGCAGCGGCGACGUCUGAGUAUGCGCUGCGCCCUGCCGACAGCCCUGACCAGUUCGUCGGCAUCAGCAAGCAGGUGGAGACCCUGGCCAACAAUCUGAAAGCGACGGAAGACGAAGCGCGUGACAUGAAGCUCACUGUGUUCUCUGUCGUGGGCUUUGGAGGUCUCGGGAAAACUACGGUGGCGAUGGAGGUAUGCCGGCAGCUAGAGGCGGAUUUCCAACGCCAGGCCAAAGUUUCUGUGUCCCAGGCCUUCGACAGCAAGAAGGACCUCAAGAAACUGUUGAAGGAUGUGCUUCUCCAGAUCGCCAAGGUGAAAACAAAAGAGGAUGAGAAUAGCAUCAGGGAGGAACAACACGGAUCCCUGGCUGGCAUCGACACAUCCAACGUGGACCAACUGGCUGCUACACUCAAGAAAACUCUCAAGGACAAAAGAUUCAUAGACCACCCAACGACGACUAUUAGCAUUGAAACGAGCUGA